GCUCUCCGCCUUUCGCCGCUCUCUGUGCGCCCAGGUUAUCCAAUCUGUCUUCAUCCGCCACCGGCGGGGCACCCCUGGAUACCGGACAGCCAUGACCGAGCAGAUGACCCUUCGGGGGACCCUAAAGGGUCACAAUGGCUGGGUUACCCAAAUAGCAACUACCCCUCAAUUCCCGGACAUGAUCCUCAGCUCCUCCCGGGAUAAGUCUGUCAUCAUGUGGAAGCUGACUCGUGAUGAAACAAACUAUGGUGUACCUCAGCGUGCCCUGCGUGGUCACUCUCACUUUGUUAGUGAUGUGGUGAUCUCAUCAGAUGGCCAGUUUGCUCUGUCUGGCUCCUGGGAUGGCACUCUAAGGCUGUGGGAUCUUACUACAGGUACCACCACAAGACGAUUUGUGGGUCACACCAAAGAUGUCUUGAGUGUUGCUUUCUCCGCUGACAACCGUCAGAUCGUGUCUGGAUCCCGUGAUAAAACCAUCAAGCUAUGGAACACUCUGGGAGUAUGCAAAUACACUGUACAGGAGGAGUCUCAUUCUGAGUGGGUAUCAUGUGUCAGGUUCUCUCCAAACAGCAGCAACCCCAUCAUUGUCUCCUGCGGAUGGGACAAAAUGGUGAAGGUGUGGAAUUUGGCCAAUUGCAAGCUGAAGACCAACCAUAUUGGCCACAGUGGCUUCUUGAACACCGUAACAGUCUCCCCUGAUGGAUCUCUAUGUGCCUCUGGUGGCAAGGAUGGACAAGCCAUGCUGUGGGAUCUCAAUGAAGGAAAACACCUUUACACUCUGGACAGUGGAGAUAUCAUAAACGCUCUGUGCUUCAGCCCCAACCGCUACUGGCUAUGUGCAGCCACUGGGCCCAGCAUCAAGAUUUGGGAUCUGGAGGGCAAGAUCAUUGUGGAUGAGUUGAAACAGGAAGUGAUUAGCACCAGCAGCAAAGCUGAACCACCACAAUGCACCUCUCUUGCCUGGUCAGCCGAUGGACAGACUCUCUUCGCUGGAUAUACAGACAACCUUAUCAGAGUAUGGCAGGUCACAAUUGGUACCCGAUAAUAUCCUGGACAACCUGAAGACCAAGUGUAGCAUGGAAUCUGUUCAAUGUCGCGCUCACAGAAUUCUUUAUUCUAUAAACUUGAUAAAAACUG